UUUCCUCAUGAUAUCUUCCUAUAAAUUAAUAAUAGUUUUUGCCUGAUCAAGUGGAGUGAUAGAGAGAGAUCAGAAAGAGUGACAUAUAUUGCGAGAGAGAGAGAGGGAUCUAUCGAGGGAGAGAUGGCGGAAAACAAAGCAUACAGAGGCCAUGUCUUAGCGGUGACUUAUCCAAGCCAAGGUCACAUAAACCCUCUGCUCCAAUUCUCAAAGAGAUUAGCCUCCAAAGGGCUUAAGGCAACCAUAGCCACCUCUGUUUUCAUCUACAACGCCAUGGAGCUCCAUAAAGCAUCGGGCGGCCCCGUCCAAUUUGAAACGAUAUCGGACGGCUAUGAUGAAGGUGGGUUCGCUCAAGCCGAAAGCAUCCAUGAGUAUCUCACCCGCAUGGAAGCCGCCGGCACAAAAACCCUAUCCGACCUCAUCCUCAAGCACAAAGACACAGCAACCCCUAUUGAUUGCGUAAUAUAUGACCCUUUUAUGCCUUGGGCUUUGGAAAUAUCCAAAAAGUUUGGCUUGAUUGGAGCAGCUUUCUUUACUCAAACUUGUGCUGUUAAUUACAUAUACUAUCUAGUGCAUCACGGGCACUUGAAGCUCCCGAUAACUUCCACACCCAUCUCCAUUCCUGGUUUCCCGUUGCUUGAGCUUGACGACAUGCCAUCUUUCAUCUCUGUGUCCGGGUCCUAUCCCGCUUACUUCGCGAUGGUGCUAAAUCAAUUUAUUAACACAGAGAAAGCCGACUGGGUUCUUGUCAACACUUUCUACGAGCUAGAGCGUGAGGUGGCGGAUGCCAUGUCAAAAGUUUGCAGAUUGCUGACGAUUGGGCCAACAGUUCCAUCUUUCUACCUAGACAACCGUAUCGUAAACGAUACAGAUUAUGGGCUUCAUGUUUUCGCAUCAGAUUCUUCUCUUUGCAUCAAUUGGCUGAACGAGAAACCAGCAGGAUCUGUUGUUUACGCGGCAUUCGGUAGCAUGGCCGGUUUAAGCAAACAGCAACUGGAGGAAGUGGCGUUUGGAUUGAAAGGAACCGGUUUCUAUUUUUUGUGGGUAGUCAAGGCUUCAGAGGAAGCAAACCUCCCAGAAAACUUUGUGAAAGAGGCAGGCGAUAAGGGCUUGUUUGUGCGUUGGAGCCCUCAACUGGAAGUGCUAUCGAAUAAGGCAGUUGGGUGCUUUCUCACGCACUGUGGGUGGAAUUCGACCGUAGAGGCAUUGGGCUUGGGAGUACCGAUGGUGGGGAUGCCACAGUGGACUGACCAAAAUCCAAAUGCCAAAUAUAUUGAGGAUGUGUGGAAGGUGGGACUUAGGGUUAAGGUUGAUAAACGUGAGAGUGGCAAUAUUGCGAGGAGAGAAGAGAUUGAGUCUUGCAUUAGGGAAGUAAUGGAGGGGGAGAGAGGGAAAGAAAUGAAGGAGAAUGCCAAGAAAUGGAGAGCAUUGGCUUUAGCAGCAGUCAGUGAGGGUGGCACUUCGGACAAGAAUAUUGAUGAAUUCAUAACUGAAGUCACGAGGCGUGAUGGUCAUCAAGAUGGACUUACUUUUAAAAAUUGAUUGUGAAUUUAAGAGAUUUCAUUCUCAUAGAUUCAUAUCAAGGUGUUAAUUAACCGGCCAUGCAACAUUGUGAAAUUUCCUCGAUGAUCUGUUACCCUUAAUAAACGUGAUAUUUUGAUCAUUUUCCAUAAUAAAAUCAUGCUAUUUGUUUUUUUGGAGGAAUAUUACUUUUGACAGUUUGGAG